CUUAAAUUUUUUCAACUAUAGUAGAUUUUUUUAAACUAUCAAAGAAAAUAAUCAUAAUGAAAACUUAGUGAAAAGACUGGAAUCCAGGGCUCUACAAAAAAAUUAUAAUGACAUUUGACAAACGAUUAACUUCACUGUCUUCACUUUGAUCUUGGGUUUGACGUUUCUUUCUCGAUUUAAUACUUGUCCAACAUGGCGCGAGGCCCUAAGAAGCAUUUGAAGCGCUUAAACGCUCCCAAAGCAUGGAUGUUGGACAAACUUGGCGGUGUGUAUGCACCGAGACCGUCAACCGGUCCCCACAAGUUGCGCGAGUGCUUGCCCCUGGUGAUUUUCCUGAGGAAUCGUCUGAAGUAUGCUUUGACCGGAAACGAAGUCCUGAAAAUUGUGAAACAACGCCUCAUAAAGGUUGAUGGGAAAGUUAGGACUGACCCUACUUAUCCUGCUGGAUUUAUGGAUGUUGUCUCAAUUGAGAAGACUAAUGAACUGUUUCGUCUAAUCUAUGAUGUUAAGGGCAGAUUCACAAUCCACCGUAUCACCCCUGAGGAGGCUAAGUACAAGUUGUGUAAAGUCAAGCGUGUGGCGACCGGACCUAAGAAUGUUCCGUACUUGGUAACGCAUGAUGGCCGCACCAUCCGCUAUCCAGACCCACUUAUCAAAGUCAACGAUUCCAUCCAGUUAGACAUUGCAACUACGAAGAUUAUGGACUUCAUCAAGUUUGAGUCCGGGAACUUGUGUAUGAUCACGGGAGGCCGUAACUUGGGGCGCGUGGGCACCAUCGUGUCCCGCGAGAGACAUCCCGGCUCCUUCGACAUUGUGCACAUCAAGGACUCCACGGGACACACCUUCGCCACGAGGUACCUUGAUAAUUACUUGAGGAGCGCCAGAACAAAAACCGAUAAAUCACAUUUUGACAUUUUCUUUUUUAUAAUGCUAAUUGGUUGUUCUCGUACAUCUUGCUCUUGCUUUGUGGUUAAUGUAACCUGGUCGAAAACUGAUAAAUCCGCUCUAAAUCAGUCCGCGAAAUGCCCGGAUCUGAACAUAAACCGAUAUUUACGUAAAUCGUACUAAACAACGAUGGCGAUCGGAACAGAUACCGAUAAAUCCCUAACAUUUUUCAUUAUUGACUCUUUUGAUUGUGUCAAAAACCGAUAUAUCUAAUUUCAAGUUUCUCACGACAAAACCAUAAACACGGAAAACGGUUUAGCAUCUUAAAAUCAAGAAAGACCCAUCCCCAGUCAAUAGCACCACUUAAUGUAAAUAAAUGCCUAAGUGAUUUGAAAAAAGCAGUUGUAAAGUCUUUCAUGGUAAAACAAUUUGGUGAUGACUGGGAGAAAGAUAAAAAAAAUUAGUGAAAAAAUUGGUAAAAAAAUUAGUGAAAAUUCCACUGAACCCUGAAUACAGAAGCAAGUGUUCCUGACAACCAUGAAAGACAUGAUCAUGAUUCUAUUUGCGAUGGUCUGGGACCAGAAAUAGCCAUAAUAGUUUAAGUUUUACAUUUAACCUAAAUUGAUCUUUUAAUUAAUUAACGUAUGACGUGAUUUAAAAUAGUUGUUUGAUUGGAAACUACCUGACCAGGCAUUAGAAACACUGUAGCAUGUUCAGCCGCAUUUUAUCAAGCCCUCAUAUUCCUGCCAGCAUUUUAUCAAAUACUCAUAUAUCCUAUAGUGUUUUAUUAAAAACAAUCUAUAUCAAGUUGGUUUGGUCAAUGACUGAUAAAUCCAUUUUCUUUUGUUUUACAACUCAACAGGUACUACAGUCAUGAAUGCAGAAUUUAGGUUUCCAAACAGUGAUGCUAACAGCAAUAGAUAGAUUUCGUUGUAACUCUAAAUUAGAAAAUUAUGAACUUGGCCAUAUUUUUAAUUUUUUUCACAAAAAUCAAAUGUGAUUUAUUGAUUUUUGUUCUGACGUUCCUCACUUCUAAUAGACAUACUGACCUCUAACACAAAUUAUGAAAUGUCAUACUUUUAUUAGUAGACUAGCUGAUCCGGCAGACUGACUUCAUAGUGCCUUAUUCGAUAAAUAAAAGAUUUUUGUAUAAAAUAAACUUAAAACAAACAAAAGGAAUCCGGUUGAUAGGGGGACACAUCAAAGGAAAAACAAAAUUGUUAUUUUUAUUUAGUUCCAAGCAUUUUCAUAUUUAUUUACCUUUUAAACCUUCUCUGGACUAUCACAAAUAAUUCAAGACCAAAAUUAGCCAAAUCGGUCCAGCCGGUCUCAAGUUUUAGCAAGACUAACGAACAGCAAUUCAUUUCUAUAUAUAUGGAUUAGGAUUAAUUAAAUCAAGUCAUAUUGAAUUUAUAAGAGGAGGGUACCUGUCAGUUGAAUAAAGAAGUGUUGCAGGAGCAGUGUAUUAAAAUGAUCACUUUUAUAUCAUAAGAUAUAAUGAUACUCGAGGUCUUGGUCUACUUGUGUUUAUGUUACUUAUGUAGUGUUACUAGUUUCAAUCAUCCAUAAUAUUACAGUUCUAGGUUAGGAUCAUACGAUAUAGAAACCUUUCUUAUAUUGCAUUGGUGGGUGGACAGACUGUCCCAGUUAUGUUUGUCCCCGGGCUCACACAAGUGCAUGUAUGUGUGCAGGUUGAACAACGUGUUCAUAAUCGGCAAGGGCACGAAGGCGUACAUCUCGCUGCCGCGCGGCAAGGGCAUCCGCCUCACCAUCGCCGAGGAGCGGGACAAGCGCAUCGCAGCCAAGGUCGCCGCGCAGUAGGGUUAAGGACAAUAAACUUUUAAAACUAUA